AUGAACCAGCCCACCAGGACAAGUCGAUUGCUUUCAAAGGAAAAGGCCAAAGGAGAGAAAGUCAACCAAGACAAGGAAAGAGAAAGACAGAAUAUAAAGGAGUGCCUUAAACCGACUGUGGGUUCUAAUGCAACACAAGUGAAUGACUUUGUCCUUGUGGACAGCAGGGCUCUCACGACAGAGGGUCCGCAGCAAAAGGAGCACAGAGAGACAGAGACUGAGGGAACUCCGAACUCAGUGCUCUCCUCGUCCACUGACACAGCCAGUGAACACUCCGCCGAGCUGGACGUGGUGGAGCCAGCGAGAACAAAUCAUCCAAGUAGCCCCCUCUGCCACUCAUCACCCAAGGAAGUGAGCCAUUCAGAUGGACUAGCCCAAGCUCUGGCCAAAGGCUUGAAAAAUCAGAGGGUUCUUGCAUGUCAGCUAAAGAGGAGUGUAGAGAGUGGAGUAAAUGGGAAGGACUUGGGGGCACUGUCUUGUGUGUUCAAACCUGGUGUGGUUCGUUGUGUGGGUGAAGGGACAGUAGAGGUUCAGCUCCAAGGAGAAGAGAGACUUGUUCAAUAUCCUUUUCAUGGUAACACUGUGAUUACAUCAUCGCCCAAGGCAACUCGCACUGUGGAGUUAAUUUUGGAUGCACCCCCACCUGGCAUGGCACCUGUGGCUGUGGGAACACAAGUGUGUGUGCCAUUUGGUGGGGAAGAGGGUGGGCCUCUAUUUUACAGAGAAGGGAUUGUGACGCAGGUGGACCCCCAUCCUGGAGUGUCGUUUCCCUACCGUGUCCUUCUCAAUGACCAGAUUCUGGACAGCCAGAAGGCUGGCAGAGAGAAAGAAAGACUGGCUGUUUGGGUGUCACGACAGAGCCUGAGACUACUCACCCCUCCUUGGGAAGUCCCAAACUUUGACGGUGGAAGGGCAAAGGAGAGGGAGCGAGAAAGAGAAAGGGAGGAGAGGGAGCGGAGGGAGGAGUUGGAAGUGGAGAGGGAGGUGUGUCAAUUGAGUAAGGGCAUGGGGGUUCUGGGAGGAGGGGGCAGACUGGGUCAUAGUUUUUUGCACCAGGCCACUACUGCGGGGCAUCCUUAUGUUAAUGUUAACCCACCGCCACACUCUGCUACUGGGAUGCCCAGCAUAGGGACUAGUUCUGAGACAAGAGUGCAGGGAGAGAGACCAAAACAGACAAACAGCCUUGCUCCUGACGAAGAUCCAGAACUUUCCCAAUUAAAUAUGGGCCUGACUGUCACACCAAAAACAGCCGCUGACUCCCCUCAUAACUCAAAUCUCCUCUCUAAAAGUUGCUACCCCUCCUCCCCCUCUCACCUUACUGUGGUGCGAGAUCUGGGCCCUCCGCACAUGUCCACACUUACUGUCCCUCAGCCACCCCCCUCUAUAGCAUUAUUAACCUCAGAGAUGAGCAAUCCCACUUCUAACCUACCUCCAUCCAAAACCACUCAUUCCCAGCCCCCCACUCCCACUUCCUCUACCUCCUCUCGUUCCAGGACACCCCUGUCACUAGCACAACAAAAAUACAAAAAGGGUGAUGUGGUGUGUACCCCCAAUGGAAUCCGCAAGAAGUUCAAUGGAAAGCAGUGGCGAAGGCUAUGCUCCAGGGACGGUUGCAUGAAGGAGUCUCAGCGUAGAGGCUACUGCUCCCGACACCUGUCGAUGAGGACCAAAGAGAUGGAAGCAGCCGGAGGUGAGCGGGGCAGGGGCAGCAGCUCAGGUACACUUACCCCCUCUGACCUGCGCGGGAGAGCCAGCAGUGAACUGGACUGGGACGACACAUCGAGAGAGGGUAGCGAGACGAGCAGCAGAGGAGACUCCAGACCCCGUCUAGUGUUGCCCUCUCUCGUCCCACAUGAACUGUCCUCACGUUUUGACUAUGAUGAGUGUGAGGCAGCCACCAUGCUUGUGUCUUUGGGCAGCUCUCGUUCAGGGACACCUUGUUUUUCUCCGAUCUCCAACCAGUCCCCUUUCUCCCCAGCCCCUUCUCCUUCCCCUUCUCCACUCUUUGGUUUUAGACCAGCUAAUUUCUCCCCUAUUACAGCCUCCCCAGUCCUGUCACAUCGUAGGCACAGACAGCCCAGCGGGGCAGGGGUGGGAGGGGUGUCAGGCGGUUCAAAAGCUGUUCACAGUGGAGGAGAAAAAGAGAGGCACACUUCUGGAAAUAUCCAGGUGUCCUUCCAAAACAACCUGACGUUUACUGUCCCCAUGAGCCCCAGCAAACGCAAGGCUGACACUCCUGCCCCCGCUCCCCUGACCUCGCACCAUCAUGACUACACUCCGAAGACUGAGGAGAACAGCGAGCUCAGCGGCUCCUUCAGGGUCCUCUCACCAGCACAUUCCCGUACGCACACCCCCACAUUCCCCCGGCCCCGGGGAGUCACUACACCCUCCUCUAGACCCCCGUCUGCUGUGUCCCCUCCUCCACUGCUUGUGUCUCCCACCCCUCCUUCCCCACUCCCACCUGAUGCAGGCUCUCGGCGCAUGGUGACAGUUACCCAGCAGACUUUGCGAGACUCCCCUGUUAUUGUCAGAAAUCCUGAAAUCCCUCUGGCCAAAUUUACUGAGUGCCCUGUUGGACAUGGAGGUUCUGAGGCGAACACUUCCACAGACGCUGGUGUGACGCUCACUCCUCAACCCAUCUCGGGCCUCCAGGUGCCGGUCCCCAUAAAUGCUGCUACAGGCGGCGUCACCAAUGGCACAGUGAUUCUGCGGAGCCCAGCACAGACUCUGGUGCUUGUGUCCGCCUCCCCUUCCACUGACACCCCUGCUGCCCCUUUGCAGGCCCUGUCAGUGACUGUCAGCACAACAGUGGCUCCCUCUGCGAACAGCACAGACAGCUCUGGGGAUGGAGGGGAGACCAGGGAGAGUGGGUUUGGGGGGGAGCUCCAGCAGCCUGUUCCCUGCCACCCGUCUCCCACCGCACUCCUGCCCCUCAUCCUGCCAGCAGAAAACCUCCACCCUGCCCCCCGAAAGGACAUCAUAAUGGGACGCCCUGGCACAGUAUGGACCAAUGUAGAGCCACGGUCUGUCCCAGUCUUCCCCUGGCAUUCAUUGGUUCCUUUCCUGGCACCCACCCAAUCAGACUCCUCUUCUCAGUCCGGAGAGGGUCAUCACCCAGUCAACCACCCCCAAGCAGUGACUCUGAAAACAGGAGCAGAAGUUCAUGGAGUGGCAGCUCAGCCACAGGAGCCUGUAGAGGCCCCUCCCACAAUAGACCGAGGCCCUCCCUCCCGGCCUCCCACCUCUGCAGAGGGGCCUCCCCCAGAGAAGGACAAGGGAACUGCAGAGAGGGAGAGGCCAGACAGUGAAACAGAGAGUGAUGUUGAUGAUCCCUUUCUUCCUGGAGUUGUCCCCGAACAGCCUCUCUCUACGUCACCAGUGAAGAGACGCACACAGUCUCUGAGUGCACUACCCAAAGACGGAGACAAGAACAGCCCUGGAAAGAGAGAAAAAGACCAUAUACGACGUCCAAUGAAUGCAUUUAUGAUAUUCAGUAAGCGCCAUCGAGCUCUCGUUCAUCAGCGCCAUCCAAACCAAGACAACCGAACAGUGAGCAAAAUACUUGGAGAAUGGUGGUACGCUUUAGGGCCCAAGGAGAAACAAAAGUACCAUGAUUUGGCCUUUCAGGUAAAAGAGGCACAUUUCAAAGCCCAUCCAGAUUGGAAAUGGUGCAACAAAGACCGUAAAAAGUCUAGCUCUGAGGGUCGUGGGGUCCCAGGGAGCAAGGACAUAAGGGAGAGAAGCAUGUCUGAGUCCACAGAGCCUCAUACUCUGGAGCUGAAAGGGGUGCCCCCAGGUUUAGUGAGUGUUUCUGAGCGAGGCACAGUGGAAGGUCAUGGGAGUCAACUCACUCGACCUCGAGCCUUUUCUCAAAGUGCUGUUCACAGCCUGGAGCGAAACGGCAGGAACACUAAAGCUCUGGCAGAACUGGCACAGUCCCAGCGUGGAGUCAGCGAGGACAUGACCAGUGAUGAAGAGCGGAUGGUCAUAUGUGAAGAGGAGGGCGAUGAUGAUGUCAUUGAGGACCCCUAUCCGAGCAGCUCUAUUGAUCUAAAGUGUAAGGAGCGAGUUACGGACAGCGAUAGCGAAAAUGGCUCUGGAGAUGAAGCUGAUAGGAAGAGAGUCUUUGCCCCAGUAAUCUGCUCAUCAUCUUCAGCUCACCCCCCUCACCACGGCCGGAGCGUCUCUUUGUCUUCCUAUCCAAGCAGCAACAAACGUUUUGAGGAAGCCAGGUCGUUCGGUGCAGGAUUUACAGAGCACAGGCGAAAGGGCGGGGGCGAUGCAGAACACAAGAACAUUAAUUAUGCUGAAGGAAUAGCUUCCACCGUGGUAACAAACGUGAUGCGUCCGGUCAUCAGCACACCACUCCCUUUAGCAAGUAAACUGAGAGAGGGAGGGGCGGGAUCGUGCUCACAUCCACCUGAGAAGAAAUCUACACAGCAGCAAGUUCUGAUAGGGCCAGGAGGUGCAACUAGCGUGACAGCUUUUGGCGUCCCAUCUUCACACACCGUCCUGACCAACGGCAAACAGUCCAGUGCAAAUUCGUUGGCUGCAUAUACAUCAAACCCUGCUGUGGGCGUGGUCAGCUCAACCACCAGAGUGCAAACUCAGUCUCCAGUGCUUCAGGGCAAAAUGCUGGUUCCCAUGGCCACUGUUCGGACUGCACCGGCCACGGCCCAACAGUUUCCUAUUGUGGCACCACCCCUUCCUGUUCAGAAUGGUGCCCAGGCCGGAAGCAAGUUGAUACAGAUCGCCCCCAUGCCUUUGGUCCAGCCUGGGCUUCCUCAGGUCACAGCGGUCCAACCUCCUGGUGCUUUUCCAGCUUCAGUGGUCGCCCCAAACACCGCCCCGUCCCAGACCGUGCUACUUCCACCCGCGGCCAACAGAAUCACCUACGUCCACUCCACACCGGGCAUCCCAUCCACACUACCUUUGGUCUCCACGACAACAGCCUCGCCGCCCUCACAACAGUCUCUUCCUGGCUCUGCAUACGUUCCGUCACCGAUGGCAACACUGGGUUUUACUGCCAUCGCGCCACAUGGACAGACCCUGGUCCAGCCGCUCAUCGCAGGUCAGCCUCCGAUCUUCGCCCCAGCUCCGUCUCCGUCUCCUCAGCCCUCCGGUUCAGUCCCUGCUUCAGGCAACGGCGCGGUCAUCACCACCAUCUACCCUUCUUCACCCAGUGUCUCCAUAGCAACAGGGGCAGUCUCUGUCACUGCAGCGCCCCCUGGUGUGGUGUCCAGCCCUUUCAGCACUUCCUCUCACGUCCUGCAGAAGCACACGUCCAUCACUGUAACUGCCCCAGCCGCAGACAGAGGGGCAGAGGGACAGGGUGAACUGCUGACGCCAGAUCCUGCAGGUGUCGGCAGCUCAACAGCGCCUCCCAGUGGCUCUACUAUUCCCAUGAGGGCUGGCAGUCCCCAACUGCACAUUCAGUCGGGAACAACAAAGCUCAUCCAGCUUCAACCUCGGGCCCCUCAGAAAAUAAAGGCGACCGUGGCUACGAUUCCUGUAGGCAGCUAUGAAGGAGGAGGUCGAGCCAAAGAGAGGGAGAAAGGACGAGAGCGAGAAAAAGACCGCGAGAAGGAGGAGAGGGAGGCAACAGCGAGCAGCCUGUUCUCUUUUGACAUCGAGCCUCCGACACAAAGCACCUCUCCAGCUCCUCAUCCCACUGAGGAGUCUCCCUCUGAUCCGCCCACAGAGGCCCAGAACACAGACUAUGAAAGUACAAAACAGGAGUGUCCCACCACCAAAGAGGCUGGGUGGAAAGAAUCUCUUCCCUCGUCCCCUCUCCCGCCACCAUCCACCACUGAGCCCAGCUUGCCGCCUCCACAGAGCGAUAAAGAACCUCUAACUCCCAAAAAGAUUAAGGUCCGCCCUCCACCGUUGAAAAAAACCUUUGACUCUGUGGACAAGGUGCUUUCUGAAGUCUAUUUCGAAGAGCGUUUUGCUGAGCUGCCAGAGUUCCGGCCCGAAGAGGUCCUCCCCUCACCGACAUUACAAAGUUUAGCCACGUCACCUCGUGCUAUUCUGGGCAGCUACCGACGCAAACGGAAGAACUCUACAGAUUUGGACUCUGCGCCUGAUGAACAAGUCUCACCAAAGCGGAAAAGUAGACGACGUUCGAGCUGCAGCUCAGAGCCGAACACGCCUAAAAGUGCUGCCAAAUGUGAGGGAGAAAUUUUUACCUUUGACAGGACAGAGGGGGAAGACAUUUUGACAGAACUGGAGUUUGAAAAAGUGCCAUACUCUUCCCUGAGAAGAACCUUAGACCAGAGGAGAGCACUGGUUAUGCAGCUUUUCACGGAGCAGGGCUUCUUUCCAUCUGCUCAAGCCACUGCAGCCUUCCAGAGCAGAUAUUCUGACAUAUUUCCAACUAAGGUGUGUCUGCAGUUGAAAAUAAGGGAGGUCCGCCAGAAGAUAAUGCAGACUGCCACACCCUCUGACGGCCCGGGUUUAGGUUUACCUGACUUUUCUGGCUCUAACCCUGGACCCUCUGGCUCUCAGUCAGGGGAGGGGUCUGGACGAGUGGACCUGCAGGAUGAGGACAUGGAGCAUGAGUGCGGUGUGGAAGAACCACGUGACUCCCAGGACUCUGUGAGGUGA